AUGUCAGGUCAAACUUAUUUCAUUACUGGUGGUAACAAAGGUAUUGGUUUCGAAUUAGUUACUCAAUUAUCCAAAGCCAAAGAUAAGAAUGUCAUUAUCACCACUACUAGAUCUCCAGAAAGAGCCAAGAAGUUAUAUGAAUUAGCUAAGAAGUUCACUAACAUUCAUGUUAUUGAUUUAGAUGUUGGAGAUGCUAAGUCAAUCGAUACUAUUGAAGCUCAAUUAGACAAGAUUGGAGUUAAAGGAAUUGAUAUUUAUAUCUCCAAUGCUGCUAUUUUCCAAUCAUUGGAUCCAAUUUUAAAGACUGAUGGUGAAGUAUUUUUAAAACAUUAUGCUGUGAAUACUUUAGGUCCAUUUUUAGUAUUUCAAAAGGUAUAUAAAUACUUAUUAGCCAAGGACACUAGAAAGGCUAUUUUCAUUAGUUCAAUUGCUGGUACAAUUUCUCCUUUCGCUCCAUUUCAUACUACUGCCUAUGGUCAAUCCAAAGUUGCAUUGAAUUAUUCUACUAUUCAAUUAUCAAGAGAAUUAGCUUCAGAAAAUUUCAUUGUGGUACCAAUCCAUCCAGGUGCAGUUUCUACCGAAUCAAGCCAAGAAGCUAUUGCUCCUCUUGCUGAAUCUAAUCCUGUUUUCUUUGAAGCUAUCAAAGCUACUCUUAUUACCCCAGAAGAAAGUGUUAAAAGUAUUAUUUCUACCAUUAACGGAUUUGAAGCAAAAGAUUCUGGUAUCUUCUACGACUACAAAGGUGAAGUUUUGCCUUUCUAA